AUGACCUAUGGAGAGCGAGCGCGGGCGAAAAUCCACCAGGGACUCGUGUAUUUACGUUUUCCUUCGUUGAGACGUAUUAUCUUGGCCACCACAGGUAUAUGGUACCUACAGGGCAUCCUCUACCUGGGUAUCAUCCUCAAUGCUAAUAAUUUCACAAGCAACGACCCUUAUAUCUACGUGGCCAUGUCCGGCACCAUGGACCUCAUGGCCAUCCUUCUAGCCACGCCCCUCAACAUGCGGAUGGGGCGUCGGUUUAUCGUGGGCGGCGCCCUGCUGGUGGCGGGCAUCCUCCUGCUGGUGGAUCUGGCGGUUCCCGACGAACUUUGGUGGGUACGAUGGCUCCUCGUGAUGACGUCAUUGCUCCUUAUUGCUGCCGCUUUCCAGGUGAACUUCAUGUACGUGCCGGAGCUGUACCCGACCGUGAUCAGGUCCAGGGGCUUCGCGCUGGCCAGCCUCGCCGGGAGUUUCGGCUUCCUGACGGCGCCCUUCAUCACGGACGUUCUGGUAUCAACCCUCUUUACAAAGAUCAAUCAAUUGGUUAUUAAAUCUCCCUUUGCACUUCCAUAUUCGGCCAUCCAUCCCUCGCGAAUGACCCGCCUUCCCUCCCUGACGCAGGCGCAGAAGGCGUGGUGGGCGGUCGGCGCCACUUUCGGCUCGGCGGGAAUCCUGGGGAGCCUGCUGGUGCCCCUCUUGCCCGAAACGAACAACAUGCCCCUCCCGGACACGCUGGAGGACGUCGAGAGGAGGCGGGAGGGCAUUACGGAGGCCAAGAGGGGCGAGGCGAGGAGUCAGGAUGAUGAGCAAGGGCGUGAGGUUGAGGAAAUGCCCGCCAUUGGUCCUGCUGAGAAGGCUUAA